AACAAGAUGACACCCGAGGGCCAGAAUGAGAAAAAGGCAACGCAAAUCGCGGAAAAAAAAACAAAAACCUAGCCAUCGCUUCUCCCCUCCCAUGGCGCCGCUGCCGGGGAUCGUCGAGGUGCGGUGCGCGGGCUGCGGGGAGACGCUGGAGGUGGAGCACGGCAUGACUGAGUUCGCCUGCCCGGACUGCGGCACGGCCCAGGCGCUCCCGCCGGAGCUCAUGCCGCCGCGCCCCCGCCGCGCGCUCCCGCUCCCCAGGCGAGGCGCCCCCUUCGCCGCCACGCCCUCCCGCGUCGCAUGCGGGGGAUGCGGCGCCGUGCUCAGCGUGCCGCACGGCCAGGGGCGCUUCGCCUGCCCGCUCUGCGGCGCCGAGCUCGCGGCCUCCCACCCGGCCGCCGCCGUUACGGUCAUCGCGCUGCACGCAGCCGUCCCAAUCACCCCUAGUCGCCCGACGCUGCCACCCGGGCAGGUGCGUACUGGGCUUUCAAGUCAAUCAACUCAUGCAGAGCCGGUUCAAAAGCCCAUUCAUUCAGAACAGACACAUGGACAGCGUCCCGGACAUUCUUUUAGAGAGGAACCAUUCAGUUCAUUUAGAGCUGACACUGGACCAAAAAUUCCUGUAGCAGGAAGGCUACAAAAUGAGCCUGCUAAUCCUUCCUCUCGUAGAGAGGAGUCACGUACUAAGCCACUCAAUGAGACUAUUUGCAGGCCUGGCAAGAAGAAAUCUAUAUUUGCAGCUGGUCCUGAAUCUUUUCGUGCAAGAAAGGUGCAAGAAGAGCAUCCUAAUCAGGCCACCUAUGCAUCAGAGGCACAAGGAAUGCCUUCAAAGUCUUCAGUUGAUUCAGACAAGUCAGAAGGUAGGUUUCCCAAUGACACAGUUACAAUGCACAACAAGCAGAAAACUGGACAUGUGGUUGUUCCUAGUAUUAUCGAACACGAGCAGAUAAAGUGUCCGAAUCAAGUUGUCAACGAGCAACAGGCAGGUGAAAGUCCCAAUAACAUGGUUUGUGUAGACCAGGUGCAAGUGGAUUUUGCCAGCAAAGCAAUAGGAAGUGUUACAAAGAGUGCAAAAGAUAGUAAAGGAAAUCAGAAGAGGAAAAAUAAGAGUUUAAUGAAUUCUUCAAAUGAGUUACCACAUCCCAGGCGUAGUAAGCGCUUGGUAAAGGCAUCACACGACCCAGUUGACACUGAGCCUAUCCAGAGGAUGGAUGCUUCCCCAAAUCAAAAUCAAUCUGUAGCUCCACAGAUUGAGAGAACCUUAGCUGAUCCUCAUCCUAGCUGUCCAGCUCGGUACCAAUUUCAUCAUCGCGGAUCUAAUGAGCUGGACGAUGUUGAUGCAACUACACCAGCUGCUUUGGAUCAUGGUACACAGCAAGAUGAGCAGUUUCCGCACAGCCAUAUGUACUCUCCAGAGACUAGGUGGGCACUUCCAGUGCCAAGCUCUAAUUCAUGGCAUGAACAUGAGAUACCUCAGGAAAGCUUUAGUGGGGUCGACCAGCUUGAUAGAGGUUAUGAAGAAGUGUGUUCAGUUCCAUCAGAGACUCAAAAUCAGGAUAUGAAUGGACAACUCAAACAAGAGGCUUGCGGUGACAAGAACCGUUCGGGACAGGUACGACUCAAGCCUCACAGCGAAAACCUUUCAGAACAUGGAAUGCAAAAAAGGAAUGGUUUCACUGGCUCUUCUUCAAAUGAUGCGGAACAUCGUGGAGACUGGUCCUUCUCUGGAACCCACUACCAGAUAAACUUGUCUGCUUCAUGCAGCCGCCUCCCUGCAACACUGCCAUUUCCGGCUGCCACUACAUUGCCCACGAUCACGUCGCCUUCACGUGAAAUUCUACCACUUAACUGCAGCAGUCCAACAUUGCCACACCAACAACUACCAUCCCCCUUCUACUUGCAGGAUGCGCCUUGUGGUGAUGUGCUGCCAGGAUCUAUUAGUAAUUCAUCAAAAAAGCGCAGGGGGCGUGCCCCUGAAAAACUAAUGGAACCACGCAAAGAAGCUGACAGGCCUGUGUUGACGCCCAGUGGUACUGACAGCUGGAAUGUGCACCCGCCAUGUCCUAAGGUAACAAAUACCCUCUCCCUUCUUAUCAAGCAAAACUAUCCUGGGACCUAUGUGUCAGUUGAUACCAGCGGAAAUGGCCAAGCCUGUGAACAUGUGGUGUACCGUUGGCACCAAUGCCCUCCAAAUACAAGGGCUAAUAUAUUGGAAGAAUUCCUUAAACGCUACAAGUGGUCCCCCGACCAGGAAGAGGAGUGCCAAAAGAUAUUUGACCGCAAAGCAGUUAGACAGUUAGUUAAUCUCUUUUGCUAUGAGAAGCAAAGGGUAAAAGAGGAAUUGGCAGCAAAAAAGGCCAAAAAAUCUUCUGCGGCUUAUAGGCCCCCUGGAGAAAUGGAGCUAGAAGAGGACGAUGGUAGAGAAGAUUCAAGGGAACAGCAAGGAGAUGAGUCAAUGGUGGUACUUGAGCAUGAUGAUCCGCUGAAAUGGAAACCAUUCGUCCCUGGAUGGAUGAAGCCGAAAUGGUGGGAAAUGUUGUGUGACCAUUGGGCCAAAGACGAAGUCAUGAAGGUGUCUUACCAAAAAAGAAAGAAUAGGAACUCAGGAAAACGCCCCUGUAAUACUGCAGGCUCACUGAGCAUGCCAAUACAUCAGCAGCUUGUGGGCAUGGGUAAUGGUGGAAAGCUAGUGUCUGAUAUCGAUUCACCCACCAAGAUUCCCAGUGGUAAAGGGGAGUCUGUUGACCAGAAGGCAUGUCGAACUGAGGAUACUGAGGCUAGGGGCACUCAGCUAGGUUCCCGUCCUGUGCAGGGACAUGUAAAGCGUGGGAGGUACUGUGGUACUGUUGGUGUCAGCAAGAAGGCCCAGAAUGAAUCAUUGUCAAAAUCCUCCCAAGUUUAUGUGAGCAAACAGGAACAAGAGCCAAUGUUCACAAAAGAGCAGGUGCAAGAGAUGAUUAAUCAAGCCCUGCAAGGGCUAAAUGAAGUUUGGGAGAAGAAAUUUUUGUCCUUGGAGCAAAAGAUGCCCAGCAUGUUCGUUCCUGACGGUGCUAAGGAGUCGUUGUUGGCUGUUGGAAGAAACAAACAGUGCCAACUGGCACGGCAGGAUACUUUAGGUUCCGUGGACGGAGAAAAGGGUCCAGCUGCGGGAGAUGACGGCGAUAACCAGGAUGAGGAGCAGCAUUCGAGCUGAACCUGACGUGAGCUUGUUGUGGCUCAGAUCUCGCGUCUCUCAGGAGUUGUGCAGGACGGCGCCUUGGCACGGGAGCAAAGUGACACUGCCGGUAGGCCAGAGGUCGCGUCUCCUUACAGUUUCAGUUCGCACCUCGUAGCGCGUAGGAUCCCGCGCAGUUUCGCGUGGCCGCAGGGCGAGGCAGCGUGGAAGCCGUCACGAGCCCGCGCCUGCUUUACCGCCGGCCACGCGGUCGUCACGCGGGAGCUGUCGAGGGAAAGCGCACGCCGCCUGCGCCUGCGCCUGCGCGUGCCCACGCGUUGCUCCCGUGGGCAACGUGACGCUACCACCGCCUGUCUGAAUCUGAUUCCCCCACCCCACCCCCAGUUUCCUUGCACCUACUUUGCCUGCUGUGCGGUGCCGUUGCCGCUGGUGAAACAGUUCGUCUCGGCGCUAUUGUUUGUCAACGUGCUGUGGAUUGACUUAGCUAGUAGCACCAAAAUUGCCGAAAACGCGGCUCCGUGUCUCGAUAAACUAAUUACGUAUCUUCGUACGUGGGCGAAGCUAAAGUUCUAAAGAUUCGAGUGAAUACUAAAACAUAUUUAGACUUAAGUGGUAUACAUGUUUGAAUCUAGAUGAUGUAAAGAGGUGAAAUUAAAUCGUUAAUAACUGAGAUUUAUUUUUCCCAGUGCCAAUGCACUCAUGUGGGAACAUGUAACUUCGCCUUGUCUUCGUUCGGUUCCGUCGUGCUUCGUAAAAUUUACCUUGGUGCGGCCAAGCUGAAGUUGAUGC